GUCUGCUCAUUGGGAUGUGGAGAGAAAUUAGAUCCCCCAAAUUCAUUAUGGUGGGGUAGUCCUAGGAGCAAAGGAAUCAAAGAAAGAGUGUGAGCAGAAGUAGGCAAACAAGAAGAAGACAGGGCCACUUUUGCGCCUUUGUUUCUCUUCUCCUUUUUUGUUUUCCUAAUCUUCAUCUACUUACUGUAUUUCAGACUCGGUCGAAGUUCGAUUGUUCCUUUUGCUCUUUACUGCAUCAAAGAUUCUCGCUUCAAGUCAAAGAAAGAAGCACUAGGAGAAUUGGUGAGAAGGGGGGAAGGAAGAACCAGAAACUCAUGCAUAUAUUCUUGCAAGAAGCCCACUUCUUCGAUUAAGAUAUGCUCGAAGAACAAUGACUUAUAAAUGAUACCCCUACGGGCUGAGUUGUCAAGCCAUUGAGGAAUACUCAGAAGCAUAGGUGGACGGCACCACAGAGCAUCAACUUUAUAGAGGAACUCUGGAUCGUCUACCUGAUCCCAGAAAGUCUGUGAUCAACUCCACCCUGUGGAGAAUGUGCUAACCAAGUAGACAAACGGCCCCUUCAGUGAGCACCGUCGGGCAGCAUGAGUAAUGGUAAGUUCAAUGGAGACAUGGGGCUCAUGCUAUCCACUGAUCCAAAGCCCAGACUUAGAUGGACGCCGGAGCUUCAUCAACGCUUCGUGGAAGCAGUUGCUCACCUUGGUGGUGCUGACAAGGCAACACCGAAGUCAUUGAUGAGAGUAAUGAGGGUUCCUGGGCUAACACUGUACCACCUCAAGAGCCAUUUGCAGAAAUACAGGCUUGGUAAGAACUUGAGUACAGAAAACCGCAGCUUUAUUAACAAGGAAGGUUACAGACUGAAUCAUUUCGAUGGUAAUGGCUAUGCAAAUGGUGGCUCCGAUAUGGUGGAAACACAUAUGCAACAUCAAUUGAAUGAAAACCUGCCAAUCAAUGAAGCACUGAGGUUGCAAAUUGAGGUGCAGAAAAAACUACACGAGCAAAUUGAGAAGCACUUGCAACUUCGAAUUGAAGCCCAGGGAAAAUACUUACAAGCAGUACUACAGAAGGCCCAGGAGGCACUCUCUAACAAAAGUUCGGUUUCUCUUGGAUUUGAGAAUGUAAAUUCAGAGCUCUUGAAAAUUGGCUCUAAGCAAUCUCCGUUCAUGGAUAGUUCCAUUGACAGCUGCAUAACGUCAUUAGAGAGUUCAGAAAGAAAUGAUCAAAGACUAAAGUUAAGCAUAAGCACGUUGGGUCUGCAACCUCCACAAGUGAACUCAGUGCACCACCAAAGAGGAAGCCAACAGAACCAGAAAGGUCGUUCUUUUCACGAUCCAUUAAUGGGCAGUCACCAAGAGUGGCCUUCCUUUCAAGCACCGAAUACCGGCAUGUCGAUCAUGAGAAUGAGGAUGAACAAAAGAAGCUGCAGCACCUUGUCUGAUGCAAGGGGAAGUGAUAUAGAUGUAGAUGGCACGUCUGUGGAGCAACCACUUAGUAAGAGGACUUCUGAGCUGGAAAGAAAGGUUGAUCCGUUAAAACAAUGGUGCGUAUAUUCUGGAGCUGAAGAGGCUCUUGACCUGAAUGCCAAAACCAAAGAAAUAGACCUCAAUGGUUUUUGUUUCAACUAAAACAUCAGAGUUCUUAGUAUUUCCUUUAAUGGAGAGGGAGCGAGCGAAAGAGAGUAUGUUUCAGAAAUUGAGACAAUUCAGUUUUCACGGAUAUUCGGAGUCCAAUAUAGUAAUUCUCUCUCUCUCUC